AUGGUGAGCCUCACGCCCAACGCCGUGUCACUGCUGCACAGCAACGAGACGCCCGACGGCUUUGAGCCGUGGCUGCAGAUCAUUGACAUCAAGAAGAUCAAACCUGCGAGUGGGGCAGGCGGGGACCGAUAUCGCAUCGUGUUGUCGGAUGGCACGACGUACAUCAGUGGAAUGCUGGCGACGCAGCUCGCGCCGCUCAUGGAAAGCGAGAGUCUCAUGACAAACUACGUCCUGCAGCUCAAGGAUUACAUGCGCAAUAAGGUCCAGGGCCGUUGGAUUCUGAUUGUGCUGAGCAUUGGCGACAUUGCACCUGCGUUCGAGCGCAUUGGGAACCCGCAGAGCGUCGAAGGGUCCAAGGGACCGUCCGUUCCUCCAGCUUCUACAGCUUCGAUGCCGGCUGCCUCAGCUCUGGGUGCAAGGUCCAAUCCCGCUAUGGCUCAGCCCAUGUACCAGCAACCACCGGCGGCUGGAAACCAGUACAAUCAGCAGCCGCCCUCUGCUGCUCCGUCGAACUACGCGCCACCUGCAAAGCCCGCAGUAUCGACAUACAAUCGCGGUCCAGUCGUGCGCCAAGACCCGAAUGUCCGGCUCUCGGACAUUCACAGUCUGAACCCUUACGCUGGCGGCCGAUGGACCAUCAAAGCUCGCGUGACAACCCGCGCGCCGGUGAAGACCUGGACCAAUGCGCGUGGUUCUGGAAAGCUUUUCAGCGUUGAUUUGCUUGACGCAAAGGGUGGCGAGAUCCGCGCUACUUUCUUCAAUGACGGCGUGGACAAGUUUUACGAAAUGUUGCGUCCAGGUAGCAUCUUUUACUUUGCUGGUGGUAAGGUCAAGAUGGCCAACCGCCGCUUUUCAUCCGUUGACAACGACUACGAAGUGACGUUCGACCCGCACUCUGAAAUCUCUCCGGCUUCGGAAGACGGGCAAAUCUCGCACAUGCAAUACGCUUUCAAGAAAAUUGCCGAGAUUGAAAACGUAGCUGCUGAUUCGAAUGUAGACGUUAUUGGCGUUGUGCGAGACGUGGGUCAAGUCAACGAGAUCACGUCGAAAGCUGGCAAGCAGCUGUUCAAGCGCGACAUUUCGCUCAUUGACGAUUCCAAUGCUGAAAUCAAGUGCACGUUGUGGAACGAACGUGCUCAGGAGGACUGUUCCAGCUGGCUGAACCAGGUCCUGGCCAUCAAAGGCUGUCGCGUGAGUGAGUACAACGGCCGCUCGAUCGGCACUGCAAACAGCUCAAGCUUUACCGUUAACCCUACGAUCCCUGAAGCGGGCCACCUCGUCACCUGGUUUGCGAAUGGUGGCAAUGCGACCCAAGCGAAAUCACUGAGCUCUGGUGGCGGUGGUUUUGGUGGCGGCUCGUUCGGCACCUUUGCUGAACGUGCAGUCGUCAGCGAUAUCAAAAACAAGCAACUCGGUUUUGGCCAGAAGCCUGAUUACAUCACAGUGAAGGGAACGGUGAACUUUAUCAAGCAUGAUACUGGUGUGUACUACCAGGCCUGCCCGAAGUGCCAGAAGAAGGUUGUAGCGGAUGUGGCGCAGAACUACACGUGCGAGAAGUGCCAGACGUCCUACAGUACUUGCGAGAACCGCUAUAUUCUUUCGGUGGUCAUGCUGGACCACACGGGCAGCACAUGGACGACGUGUUUCAAUGACCAAGGGAAGGUGGUCAUGAAUGGCCGCACUGCAGACGAAAUCGGCGAGCUCCGUGAUACGAACCCGACACUGUUCGAGUCAGCUUUCAAGGACGCAUUGUUCAAGCAGUACAUUUGUCGGCUUCGUGUGAAGGCUGAGAACGUACAGGAGGAGCUUCGCGUCAAGGCAGGUGUCGUCAACUUGGAGCCUGUGAACUUCGUGCAAGAAUCCAAGGACCUUCUCCAAGCUAUCGCCCAGUACAACUAG